AUGUCCGCAAUGUCGCCGUCGGCUCUGGCGGCCAUGCGAUUAGAACUGGAAAACGAUCCCAACUGGACGCGACCGCGCCGACAGACCAACCCGGAUCUGAUUCAUCGGCCGUCUGUAUUACUUCGCCAGGCUACACGUCGAAGCGCCGAUGUGUCGAGCCUCCAGAGCAGUCACAACAACUACAACCACGGCAAUUACAGCAACCCUUCGUCGCCCCUGGCCGACCAAAGACCGCGCACCAGCGGGAGCAUCACCCACUCGUCGGCGGCCUCCAGUAGUGCCACCGUGACGCCAACAAAGAGAACGUCAACAUCGUCCCACCGGUCCUCACUGAGCGCGAGCGCUCUGUCUAACCCUGCGCUGGCCGAAAUACCGUCGCGAAAGUACAACGCACUACGACUGUCGGCUGGUUCUACGGACGGCUACGCAGAGAAUUAUCGCCAGCAUGAUAACAGCAACGGCAACAGCAACAGCAACAACAACAAUAAUAACCUUGGCAGAGAGCCAUGCGCUGCACCCCGUGAUCCCGCAGCGACUAAUGCACCUGCACCCACACCUGCCACGAGCACCACCAUCAACUACUCACUCUCGCCCAUUUCCAUUGCGACGCCUACUUCUAACUAUUCUAUCUACUCCUCCCAGACCAGUCCUUGCUCGGAGGUGAUACCGCUUUCCUCGACCUCGUCUUCAUCGACUACGAAAAGACCGCUCACAUCUCAGCGCCUCGCUACUACAACCAGCCCGUCGCCCGCGACCAGUACGGUGGUCAACGGUCGCCUCUUGCGCCCGGCCUCGAAACAAGCAACAACACCUCAGACCGCGCGAUCAAACAACUCCCAGGACUCCCCUAGCAUAGAUGCCGUCGUGAAUAGCAAGUCCAUCCUGAAAAAGGCUGGCUCAUCAACCGACAUGGCAUCAUCUCCGUCGCGACGUCGCCGGGAGUCCACCCCGCUAUCUCCCCGGAGCGCCGCAAGCAACGUGAGAUCGUUGGCCGUGGAUGAGCGAUAUCAAACUGGCAGUAGCGCAUACGAUGAUCCGGCCGCUGACGAGCAGAAAGAUUACAGCACCGACGACACUCGCUCGAAAAGCGAUGACGUCUUUCUCAAUAUUGCAAAGUUAAGUGUGAAUAGCCGGCGCAAUUCGUUGGAUCGACGAAGGAAACUGGGGUUGUCGGGCAUAUCGGCUCGGAGCUCUCUUGCGAAAGAGCAGACUCCUUCUCCCGAACAGCUGAAGUAUCAGAGUAGCCCGCUCUAUUCUCAACAUGCAUCGCCAUUGUUUAACUCUAAUUACUCAACACCUGGACCGGCGUCAGCCCAUCCACUGGAUGAAGGCUCUCGUCUUCGCCACCAUAGUACCGCGGGUUCCAGAUCCGUGGUCGGCGUACCACGAAGUCGAUAUAACCAGGAGACACCACCCGAGCUACCACACAUUGAUUUCAAAGCGUCACUUGCGGACGCGCGCUUGAGAUACUCGCAAAUGUCAAAUCAGUCUUCACGAACUGUGCGACAAUCUUCCAUGUCGGAUGCCGCAGAGCGCGCACGGCUGGAUGGAGAGAAAGCCAGACACGAUGGGACAACCGAGUCGACAUUGUCUACAACCGCUCCUUCGACCGUGUGGGACGAAUUGGAUGAUCUCAAAUCUCGAAUCAAAAAGCUUGAAUUAACCGGCAAAUUCCCGUCUUCGUCGGCUGCCGCUAUGUCUAGUGUUUCUGGCGAACGACCUCGCACGGCAGCCACAACAGCUACUACGUUGUCUUCAUCACCCAAGCAAAAGCACGUCCGCAAAUCCAGUAUUUCUCCCGAAGUGUUGGCUGCCACGGCAAGCGCCAAUUCGAUACAAACGCUAUUACAAUCAGCAUUGGCCAAAGCCAAGACUACAGUUGGCCCAGAGGUCUACAAUGCGCUCGAAGCAACAGCGACAGACGCCUUGACGUUGACUAAUAUGCUGGCUACUACGACAACCAUAGUUUCGGGAAAUUCAUCAACUGUCACUGGAACAGGUCUCUCGGAGCGCCAGGCCAAACGCAAAGCAGAUAGUCUGUGUCGUGGAUUGACCGAACUUUGUCUCGCAUUAACAGAAGAACAGGCUAUUGUCCAGCCAAAUAGCCAGCAGCAACCGCAGGAACAGAUACGACCGCGGAGCCGUCGCCAACCCAGCGUGACGGGCGAUACAGGUGAUGCCAUGUCUUCAAUCUCUACUCGAUUUCGUCGAAGCAUGAGCCAUGAGCCGGAAGUUACCGGACAGCAAGAUUCUGGAGUGCGAACGUUUAGUCGAUUUGAAAGUCACCGGGCCAACACCAUCAAUCUCGGAUCUGCCGGACGCAGGGAACGAUUAUCGCAUGACGAGUCAGCUUCUUCACCUCAUACCCCAUCAUUGACUGCACCCAGUUCUCGUCUUCAUCGUCUUUCUGGGUCUCAGCGGAUCAAGCGAGAAGAUGACUCGGAAGAGCGAGGCUCUGUCUUCAGUCGUACGAUAACUGGUCGCGCCAUGACAGAGGUUGAUGCCUACAGUACUGAGUCUCCAUCGUCUCGUUAUUCCACGCCUUAUCAACAAACACUAUCCCAGCACCAACCAAAGGUAUCACCGUCGAUAUCAUCCUCAAUCUCCCAGCGCCGUAGUUAUGCAACCCCUCCAAGUGCAGGUUCAGGAAUACCGACAGCACCUGGCCUCAAAAUUCAACCAGGGUUUCGCCGUUAUGGAGCAUCAACGAUCACGGGGCUAUCAGAACGCGGCGCAUCAGAGCCCCCUCAGACCAGUGACUCCCUAUCUCCUUCUCCAGGAUUACCACAAACACGGAUCUCAGCUCCGUCUAGCAAAAUGGCUACCAGCUACACUGCUAUACAGCAGCCUAGAUUGCGUAACGAAACCCUCGGGUCUCGCCGACUAUUGCGAACUCGCCCGUCGACAAUUGGCACGAACAACGACCGUUAA